AUGGGGCCUAAAGUGGAGAGUGUGUGUGCGCUUCUGUUCCUGACGCUGGGACCAGCUCUGGGCCAAAGCGCUCUCUCUGGCCCCGCCUCCAGGCCCCUCCCACAGUGGCUCACUGGGAUCAUCGCAGUGGUCGGCUUCCUCUUCCUCACCUUCGUGGUCUUCAUUGUCAAACGUGCCUGGUGCGAGAAGUCCAAAGGCGACGCCUCGGACUCAGAGUCCAACCACUACGAGGAUGUGACCGAAGAGUCUCAGCCAAGACUCGGUGCAGAGAUGGCCUCGUACUCAAACCUGGGUCUGGAACGAGACGAGGACCGGGUCACCGCCAUGUGA